AUGUACUUUGAUCCGAUCUCCACACAUUUCGAACUGUGCCCAACGAAAGCCAUGUUUGAAAGCGACAAGUUCUGCUGUGAGUCUUCCCAGAGUGAGCUGAUGUCCGAGGCGAAGUCCCCCGGCUCUGGCCCAACCAGUCCUAUCUCGGUCAACUCUGACUCCAGCUGCGCCAGUCCUGAGCCGAAAUCAUCCGCAGAGACGCGGGUCAGAAGGCCGCUGAACGCCUUCAUUAUCUGGACCAAGGAGGAACGCAGACGCUUGGCCCAACUCAACCCUGACCUGGAGAAUACCGACCUCAGCAAAAUUCUCGGUAAGACCUGGAAGGCCAUGUCUCUGGCAGAGAAGCGGCCCUACAUGCAGGAGGCAGAGCGCCUGAGAGUACAGCACACCAUUGACCAUCCCAACUACAAGUACCGGCCUCGCAGGAAGAAGCAGCUGAAGAAGGGCCCCAAAGGGCCCCUGCCUGUGGAGGCCACUGUCCCUCUCUCCACCCUCUGCAGUAAAGGUUUUAACAUGCCUUAUGACCUCAACUACCUCAUCCAGAACCAGUCCCAUCAGCAGCAAGCCUACCCACAUCCAGCCACCUACCCAUCCUCCCAGGCAUACUUUUCCCAUCUUCCCAGGGAGACCUUCCCAGACAGGUUAAUUUACACAAAUCCAGCAGCCACAUUCUCUAACAAGCCUCUAAUGUACUCUAACACUGAGGCAUACCCAGCAGAGCCUCAUCCGUACUACUCUACCCAGCAUGGACUGCAGCAGUGUGGGCCCAACCCAGCCUGUGCUAUGUCUAAAGUGGAGCAAGGGGACUUCAGGGCCUCGGGCCCCCAGCUGUGUCCCCCUACUGGCCCCUCUCUGGAGUUCUACCUGGAGCAGGUUCAGCUGGACAUGCUCUAUGAUCUGGACCCCAGUGAGUUUGAACAGUACUUUGGCCCGUCCACAUGCCAGCCGGAGCCCCUGUAG